GAUCCGGAAGUUUAUACUUUAGAUCUAGCUAACGGCUGGACUAACGUUGAAGUAGUUGGAUGCACCCGGAAGGGGCGUCUCCUCCACCCGAAAUGGAGCCGCAUGGUAUCGUGAAAGCGUUUCCAAAGGUGAAGAGGGCGGGUGCCAGGGUGGGGAAAGAAGUACCCCAAAAGAAAAUCAGUGUGGAUGAAACGGUAACAGGACAUUUGUUUGACGGUAUGUUUAUGUACCUACUCCCCGCGGGUAUCGGGAAUGCCCGGUGUGAUAUCUUUCAAAGACAGAUCACCCAGAACGGGGGACAGGUCGAACGCGAAUUCGGUCCCAGUGUGACACACGUCAUGGUGGAUGACUCUAUGGACUGUGCACGAGCGCUGCGGCUACUGAAGUUGGACAGGCUACCUGGAGCGGUACAGCUGGUCAGGUGCUCCUGGCUGGGUCAGUGCAUCACUGGGAAAAAACUGCUAAGCACUACAGACCACAGGCUCCUCCUCCCCGACAGUGUCAGUCAUGUGAAUACUGACAGUCAGGAAGUGGGAGACGAUGCACAUAGUGGUGAUGAGUGCCCUGUUGUUGCCACGGAGAUUCCGCCACUACUUGAACCGACUCAGGAUGAUGCAUCAGAGAAGUUUACAGAGGAACACAAAGAAGAGGACGAAGUCUCGCAGAACGAUCUGGACGCCCUGAUCAAUGGACACCAGCCUGCUGCCCCGACCUCAAACGCAAACAUGAACGCCAACGUGAACGCGAAUGCGAACGUGAACGCCAACAUAAACGCAGCUGAGAAAACCCUCUCAGGAAAGUGGGUCUGCGCCCAGUCCUCCCAGAGCAAGAUCAGCAAUCACAACCAGCACAUCACAGACAAGCUGGAGGUCCUGGCCAAGGCGUACACGCACCAGGGCGACAAGUGGAGGGCGCUGAGCUACUCCAAAGCCGUCAACGCCCUGAAGAGUUACGGGAAGCCCAUCUCCUCAUAUGAGGAGGCCUGUAAGAUCCAAGGCAUUGGCAAACGCAUGGCAGACAAGAUCAUCGAGAUCAUGGAGAGUGGGCACCUCCGCAAGAUAGACCACCUGGGCGAGGCCGUGCCAGUUCUGGAGCUUUUCACCAACAUCUGGGGUGCCGGUGCCAAGACGGCACAGCUGUGGUACCAGCAGGGAUUUCGCACGUUGGAGGACAUCCGCACCAAAGCCACUCUGAACUCCCAGCAGAAAGUCGGACUGAAACACUACGAUGAUUUCCUGGAUCGGAUGUCUAGAGACGAGGCGGCCGCUAUUGAGAAGACGGUAAAGGACGCGGCACAGUUGGUGAACCCAGGCCUCCUGGCGGCCGCAUGUGGGUCCUAUCGCCGGGGGAAGGCCACGUGCGGAGAUGUGGACGUCCUGAUCACCCACCCAGACGGGACGUCCCACAAGGGCGUUUUUAGCAAAAUACUGCAUAGCCUCCGUCAGAGCGGCUUCCUGACCGACGACCUGGUCAGCCACGAGGACAACGGGAACCAGAAGAAGUACCUGGGGGUGUGCCGCCUGCCCGGGCCCGGCCGGCGCCACCGCCGGCUGGACAUCAUCGUGGUGCCGCACGGCGAGUUCGCCUGCGCGCUCAUGUACUUCACCGGCUCGGCGCACUUCAACCGCUCCAUGCGGGCCCUGGCCAAAACCAAGGGCAUGAGCCUGUCGGAGCACUCCCUGAACCGGGACGUGGUCCGGCGGGGCAGCCUGAAGAUCGGCACGGGCGUCCCUCUGCCCACCCCCGCCGAGAGGGACGUCUUUGCGCACCUGGGCAUACCCUACAGAGAGCCCCACGAGAGGGACUGGUGACCGACGGCAACGCUGGGGCUGGCGCUGGCCCACCGCAGCGCGGCAGUUACGUUUGAACGGACAGAAAUGAAUCGUAUUUAAAGCGCUUUUAGAGAACUGUCAUUUUCAGUCAUUUUUAGUUUCCUGCGGCUUCCUGUUUAAUGUCUGGGAAUGCUCUGGAAAAGUGGUUUGCUUGGACAUAAUAGAAAUCUUGAAAUGAAAUUUUGUGAAUAGAAAUGUAUAUUAUGAAAAACCUUAAAAAAAAAAAAAAAACAAAUGAUCAUGAAUGUUCGCCAGUGAGUUAGUAUUCUGAAUAAAACACACUACUUAGUCCAUGCUUCUUUUAGAACCGGGGUCUUACUCAGCCUGGCCACAAAGUAGCAUUUAGCAGAAUGUAUGUCCUGACUUUUUGAAUGAUCACUCCUUCAAACUCAAUAAUGUUGGCAUGCCUAUCUGAUGCAUAAAUUGCUGACCUUUGACCCUCUGUGUAAUGAGCCUCUCUCUCAGGUGUUUUGCAAGUGCAACUAUAUUGAUAAUAUUUAUAUUGAAUAUAGACAUUAGAGAGGCUUAAUUGUAAAGAUGUAAACAAUAAAGCAAGUUGUCUGUAUGCCUUUUUUU